AAUGAGCGGUUCUGGUAAAGGUUUAUUGGGUUUAUGGCUAUAUCGAACGGGUGAAGAAUGGGCAAUGAAAGAAGGUAGUCCCGUUCACAAACCCAAGGUGCAUCCAUCAUACGCAUACAGUGAUUUUUAUUUUAUACCUCCGGUUCUACCACCCGAAGGAAAGGCAAACGUGGAAAGAACUUCAAUAAUAUUUACAUUGAAAAACCAAGUUGGUGGUCUGGCUCGAGCAUUACAAGCUUUUCAAGAUUUGGGAAUAAAUGUUUUACAUAUUGAAUCCAGACCAUCGGAUCGGCGUUCAUCACGAGCCGAUAUUUUGGUGGAUGUUGAAUGUGAAGCACAUCGUAUGGAAGAACUUACACGACUAUUACGUCGUGAAGUUCAAUCCAUGAAAUUGGAAACUGAACAAUCAGUGGAUUCACAAGAAUUUGCACCACCGACGCCCUUAUCAGCCGCCGCAAGUUUUGAUUUUGGUGAGAUGCCAUGGUUUCCAAGAAAAAUUUCUGAUUUGGAUCGUGCGCAAAAUGUUCUUAUGUAUGGUUCAGAGCUAGAUGCAGAUCAUCCUGGAUUUAAAGAUCCUGUGUAUAGAAAACGGCGUGAAACAUUUUCUGAAAUUGCUAAAAAUUAUAAACACGGACAAUCAAUCCCUAAAGUUAAAUAUACUAAAGAAGAAGUUAAAACUUGGGGCACCGUGUUUAAUGAACUGCACAAACUAUAUUUACAAUAUGCAUGUAAAGAAUAUUUAGAAAAUUGGCCACAAUUGGUGAAAUAUUGUGGUUACCGUGAAGAUAAUAUACCACAAUUAGAAGAUUUAAAUGUAUUUUUAAAACGUAAAACUGGAUUUCAAAUACGACCUGUGGCUGGUUAUUUAAGUCCACGUGAUUUUCUAUCUGGUCUUGCAUUUCGUGUAUUUCAUUGUACACAAUAUAUAAGACAUUCUUCAGAUCCAUUCUAUACACCUGAACCGGAUUGUUGCCAUGAAUUGUUGGGUCAUAUGCCAUUACUUGCAAAUCCAAGUUUUGCACAAUUUUCACAAGAGCUGGGGCUAGCUUCUUUGGGUGCUUCCGACGAAGAUGUGGAUAAAUUAGCCACUUUAUACUUUUUUACCGUGGAAUUUGGUUUAUGUAAACAAAACGGUGAAUUACGUGUUUAUGGAGCUGGUUUAUUAAGUUCAGUUGCUGAAUUAAAACAUGCUAUUUCAUCACCAGAAAAAACAUUUAGAUUUGAUCCUGAAGUCACCUCUAAAGAAACAUGUAUUAUUACUGCAUUCCAAAAUGCUUACUAUUACACUGAUUCGUUUGAAGAAGCCAAAGAAAAAAUGAGAGCAUAUGCAGAACAAAUUCAACGGCCAUUUGGUGUACGCUACAAUCCAUAUACACAAAGUGUUGAAGUAUUAAGUAGUGCACAAAAAAUAACAGCACUAGUCUCAGAAUUACGAGGUGAUUUAUGUAUAGUGAACAGUGCAAUUCGUAAAAUAAGUGCACACGAUGAUACAUUAGAUGUAAAUGCAAUUGCUACCAUGUUACAUCAAGGUAUAUUAGAUGAUGAACGAAGUCCUAGUCCAAAUCCACAAACAAAUACUGAUUAAAAUCAUGUAA